CUGGCCAUGUCCAGCGCCACCUGCUCUCGCUAGGAGUAAUAUAAAUUUGUGCAAAUUCGUGCAGCCAGGGCCAACCAGCCAUUCAUUAGGCGAGAAAAAAUGCAUCAAAGCGGUGGAAAAUGAGUGAAAAAUCCAGCGACAGCCGGCACAAAGACAAACACAAAGCGAGCCAGAGAAAAGGGCGAAAAUCGGGUCAGAAACUAACCGCAUUAGAGGAUGCAGAAGCGUCCGAAAGCGGAAGUGAAGUCCGUGACGGGUCCGGCCAAGCCGCCCCGUCUGAAGGCCGCGAGGAAGCAGUUGCAGUUCGAGAGCCCGCUGCCACGAAGGACACGCGCCCAGCCGAAGGACGAUGGACAGAUGCAGAAACGAAAUCCCCGGCAGCAGCAGCAGCAGAAGCAGCAAAAGCCAGCAGACAAAGUCAUUGCUAUGCCGGGCAGCAACCAGGAUGCGGACACGGAUGCGGCAGCGGAAGCAGCAGUGGACGUGCCAGAAACAGAGCCACUUCCUUGGCCAGAUCCCCACCUACAAUCACACCCACACUCGCACACACACCCAGCUGCAGAUCCUGGCCAGCAUUCGGUGUGGCACUCACAGUCCUCCUCCUCCGCCGCUGCAGCAAAAAGACGUCUCGCCGAGGGCUGCACCACACUUAUGUAUGCCUGUCAGCGGGGCGACAUUGUCCAAGUGCUGGCCCAAAUGCGCGAAAAGCCCCUAUUGCUGCGGCAGCGGGACCGAAGCCAUCGCAACGCGCUGCACUAUUGUGCCGCGCAGGACUCGGAUCAGAGCCAGGACCUCGUGGCGGCCGCCAGCAUCGCGAUCGCAGCUCCCGAGCUGCUGGAGUCGGCGGACGAAGAUGGCUUUACCCCGCUCCAUCUGGCCGUCAUCCAGGGCAACCUGGCGAUGGUCAACCUCCUGCUGGCCAACAAGGCCGACGUGAACGCGGUGGACAACGAGGGUCACUCGGUGGUGCACUGGGCCACCGUAUGCGGUGAGGUGGAGUCCUUGCGAGCUGUCCUGGCAGCAGGAGCCAGUGUGUCCAAGCCGGAUGCCAAUGGAGGCACUCCUCUGCAUUAUGCUGCCCAGAUGUGCGGUGCCAGUCAUGACAGCAAACAUCAGGCCAGUUCCAGCUCGAGUACAAAGCUCUCUCUGGAGAUCCUGGGCAUCCUUUUGUCACAUCCCCAGAGUAGCGUCGAUGUGCAGGAUAAGGAUGGUCGUCAACCUUUGUUGUGGGCAGCUUCAGCGGGAUCUGCUAAGGCAGUGAUUGCCUUGGUUAAAGCGGGUGCUAGAGUGGAAUCAUCAGAUAAGGAUGGUCUCACUGCCUUGCAUUGCGCUGGUUCCCGUGGACACACCGAAUGCAUUGACACCCUGAUAGGACUUUGUGGUGCCCCCACGGAUCUCAUCGAUUCCAAUGGCUGUACGGCUCUCCAUUAUGCGGUAACUUUGGGUCAUGCCGAUGCCACUGCUAGAUUGUUGGACUUGGAAGCAGAUCCCAAUCGACAGGAUCGCAAGGGACGUACCCCUGCCCAUUGUGGCUGUUCUAAGGGACAAUUUGAGACCUUGAAGCUUCUGAAAGAUCGUGGUGCGAACCUCUGGCUGCGCAAUGCGAAAGGUGAUCUUCCCCUCCACGAAGCUGCGGCUUCCGGGAGAAGAGAGUUGGUAGAGUGGCUUCUCAGUCAAAGACCCAAGCAGGUAAACACCACCAGUAAUGAUGGUCGCAGUUUGCUUCACAUUGCGGCUGCAAAUGAUUACACGGAUAUGUGCAAACUUCUAUUGGAUUAUGGAGCCGAUGUUAACGCAGUUUAUCGAAAUUCAAGGGGCUUAGUUUUGACCCCACUCGAUGGAGCUUUGCAACGUGGUCAUCGCUCUACUGCCAAGUUUUUGCAAGCUAAUGGUGGUCAACCCUCCAACAAGGUGCGAUUGUCCAGCAGAAGAGUGGGGAAUCCUUUCCACGAAACCAAUGCCACCGAUUUGGUGAGACCUCUAAAAUAUGUGGAGAAGGAGGAACUUCAUGAUUUGCGUAGCUCCAAAAAGUAUGUGGUGUACCUAAAACGCUCCGAUUCGGAUAAUGGAAAUGGGAAUGGAAAUGGACGGGAUCCCGAUGGUGGCUGCAGUUGCUCGGAGCAAACUUACCGAAAGGAGCAGCAAUUGAAACAUGUUUGCCGGAAACACAAGAGAAGACAGUUGAGAAGAAGAACCAGCAGUUGUGGAGAAUCCAAACACGAACGUUGCAGCGAGAUUUGUCGUUCCAAAAGUAACAUUGAAAUCCGGAGGAGGAAAUCCCGGGAACGGUAUGCCAGUUCCAGUGAAUGGGAGGAGGAUGACGAGGACUCCUGCGAGAAUUGCUGCUACCAUAAAAGGCAAAAGGAUCGAGUGGUUCCCCGCAAACGUUCCACUUCUUCGAGAAAAUCAAAAAACCAUGAAGACAGCGAUGAGGAGCAGAAUCACUCGGCUCCCUCAUCGCCGGAAAAGGGAUCAAGGAAACCUCUUACCAUAAAUGGUGAUCACCAGGCUGAUAAUUUCAAGGAGCAAAGUAAGGAGCCUCCUUCAUCCGCCAGUAGACAUCAAACUCCACCCACAAAAGAAGGAACCUUCAUCAAAUCUCCAACUCAAAGCGCCAAGAGCGAAAAGUCUGGUCAAAUGGACAACUUGCUGGUGGAGGAAUCCCAUGCAGUGGAACUCACCGAUGAAGAACAGGAGGCAGCCAAAUCGGUGGUGACCCAGGUGGAUGUACAUCACGAUGCGGAUGAGAACCAAACUUCAAAAUCUUCCGAGGAAUUACCAAAUGCAGAGGAGAAGAUUAGUGAAAAGGAACAGGAACAGGAAGCUAAGCUGCAGCUGAGCGAGGAGGAAACCCAGUUGGUGUCCAAAGAAGUGGAGCAGGUGAUCAAAAUAGCAGCCACAGCAUUGAGCAGCGAGUCCAAAAGUUCCAGUGAGGAAAAGCCAGCGGAAAAAGAGCUGCCAAACGGGAGCGAAACACCAGGUGAAAAGCCCAAAGAGGAGGUUAAGGAAGCCCCAAAACCACCUACUCCCACUGCCCCGCCCAAUGUGCCUGCCACGGCCCCCCAACCACCACCGAAAGAGGAGGCAUCAAAACCACCAACCGCCGCCGAGAAACCUCAGCCAAAUGCCAACACGGCCGAAGGGGUUGAAUCUGCGGCUUUGGAGCCAGCUUCAGUGGGCAAAAAACCUGAGGAAAUGAAGCAGGCUGAAGUCAAGCCGAAGCCCAAUGCCACUUCCACUCCCCCGCCCACCGCUCCUCCAGCGGCGGAGUCCAAAAAGCCGCCGACCACCCCCCUGCCACGCCCUCCCACAGCCCAACCGCCCACUCCCCAACCGGAGCCACCGCAAAGGGAGCAGGAGACGAGGCGCUCCUUCACCCUUCUGGCUUCAGAUUCCGCAGACGAUGACCCAGUUGCGAACCCAAAUCCAAAUGCUCCGACUUCGGCUUCCGAUGAGCCAGCCACCGAGCGGAAAUCGAGCUUCCAGGUGCUGAAAAGCGAUGAUUCUCUGGGUGAACUGGAUGAUAGUUCCAAGAGACCAGGCCGCAAGGUCGACUACGAGGCUGGUGUUGGUAAUCAAGUCUUUCAGGUGGUGAGCGAAGGAGUUCCUGCUGCCCAGUUGCCAAGUGCCUCGGAGCUGGAGAAGAUGGAGUACGACUACGAGGAGUACGAUGAUGACUACGAUGAGGAGGACAGAGAUGGCAUCGAUCCGGAGCACGAUAGUGCCUUGCGUCGCUUUCUCAGCAGUGGGAAUCGCCAUGGGGUGGGCGGUUCUGGAGGUGGAGUGGCGGGAUCAGGAGCUGCGGGAUCAGGAUCCAUUCAAGAUGACACUUCCGAGGGAAUGGGAAACGCUCGCAAGCGGCGCCUCAAAAAGCGCGUGCGCAGCGGCAACAAAACGCGCAGCAACUGGAAAAACUCUCAGGAUUCAAGGGAUGGCGGGAACAUGGCAGCUCUGGCCACCAGCAAGGAUCAGGAUUCGGGCUUCGAGCCAAGUCCGCGGGCAGAGCGCAGUAAGAUACCCACUCUCCGAUCCGCCCACACUGCCCACAUGCCGCGUCGUCCCAUUUACGCAACAUUGGAUGGAAGGUCCUGCAGCAGCAGGAUGGAGAACCGGAAACCGGGAGACAAGGGAGCCUGCGACAUGGGAGCCGUCACCCGUUCCAUUCAGCGAAACAUUAGGAGAUACUACAUGGAGCGCAAGAUCUUCCAGCAUUUGCUGGAGCUCAAGUCACUGCAGAUUCGCUCCAGCAAACUCAACGAGGCGGUGCUGGUGAAACGGGCCGUGGACGACUACCACAAAUCCUGCGUCCUUUUGGGCGGCGAAACGGGAACGCGACUCAGGCGCUACAAUUUCAGCGAGUACACGUUCAAGAACUUCGAGCUCUUCCUCUACGAAACGCUCAAGGGACUCCAGCGCCCGGGCACCAACAACUUCCAGAACAUCAACGAGGUGUACGAGGAGGCGGAGCGGCGGUUGAGUCCGGACUACAAUGCCUACGAAAAGGCUCUGCAGUGCACCACCAAGACGCAUCGCUGCCUGCAUGCCGCCCAUGCCUACACCGGAAUACCCUGCGCCGCCUACAUUCCCAUGAUGAAUCACCACACGAUGCCAAAGUUCGGCUUUGGACCGUACAAGAAGACCGGCAGCGUGAGCAGCUUCUUCCUGCCCAAAAUCCUGACCAGCGGCCGCGCCUCCAGCGGUCGGGCGGGCGGUACGGGCGGCGGAAGCGCGAGCGGCAGCCGCUGCAACCACAAGGUGGCGCUCGAAUUGUCGCACGGCAAGAACAAACAGCUCAUUUCACUGCCGGCGGAAAAGCUGGACAGCAAUAAGCGAUAUUACGUGACGUUCACAGUGAAGGACUCGCCGGGAUCGUCGGCGUACCAGCACCAGCAGCAGCAGCACUGCAGCAAUUCCGCGGGAGGCAAGUAGUGUUGUAUGCUGCAUGCCACAUUACGUAUACGCCAUGGCCAUUGCCAUCAGCCAACGGCCAUCAGGCAUCGUCGCGGGAUCCUGGGCCCGCAUCCUCGGGCUCCUUUUUGCUGUUUCUGCUGCCAUGGCUGCCACUGCUGCCGCUGCUCCAAAUGCAUUAAAACAAUGCCAUCGCAACAUUUUGUGUCGCUGCCUUUGCCGCUGUUGUUGCAAUUGUUGUGGCCACCCGUUGUCCGCGCUGCCCCCUUUUUUUUUCCCAUUCGCUUCCUGUCCUGAUGCCGGAGUAAUUCCACGGAAAAUGGGGGUUUUUGCAGGGUGUAUCGAGGUUGUAUACACUUAACCCACUGGGUUGGCAAAAUUCAAUUUAUUAGGCACAACAGCACAAAAGCUCUUUGGUUUCUUAGGCUUAAAUCCAAAGAUCUAGAAAAGAGUUAUGCGGUUCGAUGAUUUUUCUUUGCAGGGAUUAAACAGCUUUUUGGCUUAUAAAAUAGUAAUUUUGUUUGUUUUAUAUCAUAUGAUUUGCAACCAUUUUUAAAUUAUUAAAGAUUUUUCCAAACAUCUAAGCUAAAGCCAACAAAAAUUUCAGGUCAUUACCUUAAAGUAAUUUCUAAAGCCCAGAGGGUAAGGUAUAGGUAAUUCGACUAGGUGCCCCUGGCAUUAAUGUUGUUUCUGCUGCACUUUAAGAUGGCCAACUGCUGAUAAUGGAUGAUGGCUCUGCUCUGCGGCUGUCAGUUGAAGUUGUCACGCCGGCAGCGAUGCAGCGUUGCAAGCGGCGGUGGCAACAGCAAUUGCUAAGGCAACGGCAGCUUAAAUUAUGUGCUCCUCCAACCCCGGGCGGUUGUUCACUUGUUCAGUUGUUCAGUUUUCAGCUCUCAGUUGUUCAGUUGUUCAGAUCCGUGCUGUGUUGUUUGUCCGCCUCGCAUUCUUUUUUGCCGUCUGUUUAUUUGUUUGGCUGUUUGUUUGUCCGUUGGCGCUGCCGCUGUGCUUUUAUUUCAGUUUUUCAUUAUCAUUUUUUGUCGCAGUCGCUGGGUUUCGUUUUUGUUGGUGGCUACUGGUUGUUGGUUGGUUCGCUGGUUGGUUGGUUGGAUGGUUGGAUGGCGGGGGGAAAUGGCUGCUGCUUGGCAUGCUCCUAAUGCCACAGAUAAGCGUUGUUAUUAACGCUCGGCUUACCAGGACUAGGCGACAGGCGUGAGGACAUGCCGCCCAUCGUCGCUUUUGUCCAAGGAUGAGCAGGAUGCGAAGGAGCAGCAAUAACAACAACAACAACAACAACAGCAAUAGCAGCAAAAGCAGUAACUGCAGGGAAGCAAGAGCAGAAGCUAAAACAGAUUCAGAAUCAGCGAAUGAAUAAAUGUAAAAUAUGUACCGUGCAUUUCUUUGGCAUUUCAACAUUUUUACUUUAUUUGCAAUUUUAUUUACUUGUCUGCUUGUGCGCUCCCCUCCCUUCACCCCUGCACCCCGUCACCCCGUUACCCCACCACACCCCUCCUCCCCCUUUUUACCAUCCCAUUCAAGCCAUUCAAGCCGUUGUUUGUUUGUUUGCUUACUUCGCGCUGAGUGCAUUGUA